AUGAUUGAUCAAUUUGUCAAAGGGUUGUAAAAAAUUGAUAGAUUUGGAGCUAUAUAUAGACCACCAAUUAUAGACAUCCAUCCUGAAUAUAAAUCAGUUCUUGGAGGGAUUGCUACUUUUAUUUUAUAUGGAUCAAGCCUAGCUUACUUUUUGUAUCAAAUUAUCUAAUGGCAAUCAAACCAAUUAUUACCAAAAAUCACUUAUAUCUAAACUUCCUAUGAGAAAAAAUACUAUAACAUUGAUGAAAUGUUGUCAACUUUUUACAUUAGAAAAAAUAACAAAGUUGACUAAAUCGACCCAUUUGAUCCAGGAAACAUCAUACUGCAGCCUGUACUAUCUAAAUUUGAGAAUUAACAACUUGUAGAUUCAUAUCCUUGUGAAUAUAGAUUAUAAGAUAAUAAUGAUAUUUAUGAAGUUAUUUUGAAAAACAUAGAACUAAACUUAAACAUGAACUAUUCUGAUGAUGAUCCAUAAAUCGAGUAUUUAUUAUCCUUUGGAACAUGCAUGGAAAUAUAUUUAUUGGAUGGAUAGAAAUGUGCAAAUUAAUCUUUGGUUAACACUUAUAUGAAUUAAAAAAGUCAUGCUAUAAUAUUAAAUCAUUAUGUGAAAGAAUAUAACUCAAAGUAAAAACGUAUUUAAAAUGUAACAAAGCAAUUCUUAGGAAUUCUUACUAGUAAUUCAACGUUGUAUUUCUAAAAUUAAAUUAGAUUGUCUAAAACUGAAGUUGAUGAUGGAUUUUUAUUUCCUUCUAAUUCUAAUAAAGAGUUUCCUAUGGAUGUUAUAAUAAUAUCUUAAACAACUAGCACUGAUAGCUUUUACAAUGUAUUUGGAAGGGCAACCUACUUAGUUAUGGCCUAUAGUUUGAGUGAAGUAAUAUAAGAAUAGUAUAUUGAAUAUCCUAAGAUAUCUGAAGUGCUGGCUGACAUAGGAUCUAUCGUUUCGAUCAUUUUAGUGUUAUCAUAUUUGUUCAUCUUUUUGAAUGAGCAUUAAUUAGAGAAAGAAUCCAUCUCUAAGGUUAUUCAAAUGUAUUAUCCUGAAUAUUGUAAUAUCUAAUAAAGUCAAAAUUGGUAUGGCAAAAUUGUUGAAGUUAAAUACAAUAAUAUAAUUAUUGAUAAAGAUGAAUACAUUUCAUUUUAUAAUAAAAUAUAAAGAAUUGCAGCAAAAAAGCUUAGCAUUACAAAUAUUUUGUACACCUUGGCAAAAUUAUAAUUUUUACUAUAAUCAACAUAUCCUUCUGAUAAAAUCAAACUAGCCCAUAAAGUUGGAAUCAAACUCAAAUAAUUUUCCAAAAUAAGUACACCAGAAAUAAUUUAAGAGUAAUUAAAUUUACAGGAGAUAUCGAGAAACCAAUCCAAUGAUCAUAUUUAAAUUCAUGACAUUUCAAAUGUCAAUCAAAAUGAAUAGAAUAACAAUUAAAGUUCUAUGGUUCAGCAAGAAACAAUCAAUAAGGACAACUCUAAAAGCAUAUUCUUAAAAUUAAAGGAUGAAUUUCAUCUCUUAAGUGAUGAGGACUUUUAGCUCUUUACAAUUGAUGAACCGAUAACCAUAGAUGAUGAUAUCUAAAAAUCCGAUAUAUAUUUUGAGAAUAAUUAUAUAGAUCUUUGA